ACCACGAGCUGGCAGCAGGAGACGAAGGGCAGAGCUACAUACCGGCACACACCACUAACAGAUAAGAAGGUGCUACAGCUAUAUAAAGGCCUAACUAAGGCCGAGAGCGCCUUAUUCGUGCAGAUGAGAACCGAGAAGAUCGGGCUCAGAGACUUCCUCUUCUUCCAACGUGUUCCAGGUUUCGAGGACCCAGGAUGCCCCUGCGGCGGAGGCCGCCAAACAGUCGCGCAUACGCUCCUGCGGUGCCGACUGCUCCAGGACGAACAACAGCUCGGAUUCGGGAGCCUGCCGGGCAGAGAGGACCUGCAAAAGGUACUCUCAAUACACAAGCUAGCCACAAAAGCGAUCACACUUAUAGAACAGGCGAGGGCCCUAGGGCAAAGGGCGCCGAGCGAAUAGGUGAUGCGAAGUAUUAGGUGGAGACUAAAGGUAUUAAGGAUAGCGAAACAUAGGGCAUACCCCUCUGAGCCUAUAUAUAGCAGAAUAGCUAGUAGUAGAGCUACUAUCAACAAACGCGCACCGGGCAUUUGAAGAUAGAGGCAGAUGGUAAAAGGAUGGGUGGAAGAGGAGACUGGCCAUGUUUGUUUACUCCGAAGUUUGCAAAGAGGGACGUGUGGAGCCACUUGCUGGUCUUAUAAUUGGCCAUAAGUUAGCAAGCACAUCACGGGUCGGUCACUUAAUGAAGCCCGCCUAACCGGGCGUAGCUGCAGAUAAUUAGCAGCCAAAACCGAGUAGGAUCAAAUCAAUCAAACAAUCAAUCAAACCCGGUCGCCCCAUAUAACUCAACUUAUAUCGCCCGGCCUGCACGUCGCGCCGGCCUCCUUCCCUGGUGCGCUCCGUCAUUUAAACACAAGAUGCCCAAGCUCUUGUCUUCACGAAGGACGAGUCCGCAGAGAACGAUCGAGCGCUCGACCUGAUCUCCCCGGCUCGUCGACCUUGAUCGGACGCAUCACCUUCCCGUCCGGGAACGUGGUGAGCGCCGCCGCGGACAUUGCGAUCUUCCCGGCACGGCAGACACCUGAAGAUGCUCAUCUGUGCGUGUCUGGCCCGCAGAACCGCGUCGCGGCCGUGAUGGCCCGGUGCGCUCGGGGUUGUGCGUCGAAGAGGGCAGGACGGUAACGGGGCGCUGGCAGGGGACCACACUGGAAUGAGAAUUGUGGGAAGGUCGACAAGUUGCUCAGGAUCUGUUCUCUUACGCGCAGGAUAUAUUCUCUCCCAGCGCCAAAUGGACGCUUUGUCAGAGUUUGUCGUGCAGUCGCCUCCUUUCAUGUCGGUAUUCUAGUCGACAUUAUUUCUUACCCUUAGGCCUUCUUUCAUCAUGAGGCCAUCUACAGUCGCUACCGUAUCUGUACUGUCCACAUUAUCCAUUGCAUCUCCUAUGGUCAGACGGGACACGAGCGCACAGUAUUUCGAGCCAUGCGCUGUCGUGUCCCAUCUUGUUGCGGUGCAGAACAGCACUAGAGCGACGAUUCCAGCCCAAGCGGCGUGGGACUGUCUCCAAAGCGUGCCACUGAACAAGACGGCUGCUUUGGACCUGCUACGUUCUAUCAAGCCGUUUGUUCGAUGGCAGUCAACGCUGGCCAACCUGGCGCACCCACCCGCAGAGUACAGCGCUAUCCAGCCAGCUUUCGAUCCGAUCAAGGCGAUGGAAGAUAUAGAGCGAAAUCUGAAGAACGGUGAGUUUAACCAAUACGACACAAUCAGUUGCCCAACACGGAUCUGGAUGCGCUGGAGGGAAUCGCUGCGUCGCGUUUGGCAUUCGUUGCACAGCUAUGGCCGGUCACGAUCCAGAAAACAUGGACUUUUGUAGUCUUGGUCGGCGAGCUGAUGCUCCAUACAGAUGCCUGGUCAAAGGAGUACGACUUUGGAAUAGCUCUGUACGAGGCUUUUCAUGGCGCACAUGAUGGGCACUUCUACUUCACGCCGGACAUCGUAGGCGGGGUCUUCAACUGGGCGCGUCCUAUCCCACUCGUCUCAGUCUCCUCCGACGGCGAGGCGAUCCCGGCGCCUUUUGCCUACUCCGACAUCUUGGCUGCAUCUCAGGGCAAUGCGUCCUUCACGCCCUCUGCCAUUGUCAAGAUCAACGGUCAAGACGCGACGGACUUCUUACUGAAUCUUUCGCAGCAGGGGUCGCUGCAAGACAGAGAUGCGUUGUACAAUCUACUCUUCUACAACCUAGCCCAAAUCUCGCUGGGCAGCCAGGGCAGUGCCACGGGUAUGUUCUCUGGCGGUGGACGUGGAAGGCUAAACUAUCCGGGACCAACUACGGAGCUUGAGUUUGCAAACGGAACGAAAGCAAGCUUUACCAACACUGCACGUGUGUUGGUCGAUUUCACGGGGAUCCAGACAGGCACAGAUCUGUACCAAAGGUACUUUGCAUGGGGCGAUCUUACUGUGCAUCUAGAUCAAAUUAGCCCAAACUCAACAGCCCCUUAUGGACCACCCAGCAUGUCUCCGCAACCAACAAGUCCUGUAUCAAGCAGCACACCAACGAGCACGCCAGCGCCAGGAUAUCCAACACCCGUGAUCCGACAGACCAACAACCUCAUCGGCGGAUACUUCCUUGAGGGUGAGGGAGUGGAUGAUGUGGCCGUCCUCUCGGUACCAUCCUUUGUAAGCUUGGAUACUGCUGAGCAGGACUUUCAGCAGGUCGGCGAGAUAUUCUUGAAGGAUGCUAAAGCAGCAGGUAAGAAGAAACUGAUCAUCGACGUGUCCGCCAAUGGGGGUGGAACUAUCUUACAAGGCUACGACCUAUUCAAGCAGCUAUUCCCAUCCGUUGAGCCUUACGCUGCAGCCGACCGAAUCCGGGCAACCGAGUCUGUGAAGUUAAUCGGCGAAGUAUACUCUGAGUUUGCAGGCAGAUAUCCUCGCGACCUCAACCAAUCCGUCGCCGUCGUUGGGAUCGAAGCUGAUGUGAUGAACUAUCGUUCCGACCUUGUCGCCGACACAGGCAAGCACUUUGACUCAUGGACACAAAAGUUUGGCCCUGAAGCGCACCAGGGUGACUACUUCAGUUCGCGCUUUCGGUGGGACCUUAGCGAUCCACUAAUCCAGUGGAACUCAGGUGGGAUCAACAUUCAUGGAUAUGGUCCUCUCGCCUCCGCAACCAACAACCCCCAGCCCUUUGAGGCGGACAACAUCGUUAUUCUGUAUGACGGGUACUGCGCAUCAACGUGUACCAUAUUUUCGGAGCUGAUGCGCCAACUGGGCCAUGUCAAGACGGUCGCCAUUGGCGGACGACCUAACACGAACCCUAUUCAGGCCGUCGGUGGCACGAAAGGCACGAAUGACCUGCCCUGGGACUAUAUCCAGAGUGAAGUCGAGUCUGCCUUUAACUACUCGACGCCUGCACAGCACGACCGCCUGCUCAAGUCGGAGCUCAUGGAGUACAACAGCUACCUGCCCUUCUACAGAGCGGUUGGCGGCGCGACGGCGAUCAACUUCCGUGACGGCAUUCGCAAGGGAGACGAGGAGAAUAUGCCGCUGCAGUUCAGAUACGAAGAGGCAGACUGCCGCAUCUUCUACGAGCCCGCUCACGUAGUGGAUGCAGCGGCCAUGUGGAAAAAGGUUGCUGACGUGCGGUGGAACGGUGGCAAGUGCGUAGCGGGAGGGUUUGGAGAUGAGAUCGACGGUGGCAAGGUUACCAAGCGAGCUCCAGAAAUGAGCGUAGCCGUGGAAAUGGCCGGUUUGGGCCUACCUCCCGAGCAAGUGCAGGCUCUGAGAAAGUCGUUUGAUCUGGAUACGGAUCCCGUGCUGGGACGGAGAGCUGACGGCUUCAUGUAUCCGUAAUCCAUUCGUCAAGUCGCUUGGCCAAGGCCGGGUGAUAUCGGCUGUCCAUUAUCCAUGGCUACGUCAAAUCCUAGCAGCAGGAAUUUCUCAUGUCGCGUACUGUUGCGCUGUGUGCCAUUUUAUCAUCAUAAGGGCUGUUUUUGAUGACGACCUGUCACGCUCGGCGACCCGGCUAGUGAGAAGCUGACGACAGCAGCCACGAUGCAACACUGUAGAUGACCCCGGUGAAAUAUCUCUUACAGUUGCUUAAUUCUCAAGAUGUAGCUGCAGACGGAGAGAGUUCCUUGGACGAACCAAGAAUCAGUGAUAAGAUAGGAGAUAAAAACAA